GAGGGAAUGGCCUUGCUCCUGGCACGAGGCCUUCCCUGGGGGAUAACUGAUACCCCGGCCAUCCGCUGUGAGCAGCCAGACUGCCUGACCCCAGGGCUGCAGGAUGGAUUUCCAGUCUUCAAAAUAGGCAGACGAAGGACUCUGACCUCACAGGAACAGAGCGAGGUAGGAAGCAGGUGCUCUGACUGACGGAGGAGGAGAGAACUCAGUAGGGAUUUUUUUCUGUGUUACUGCUGACAGUGGAUGGAAUGAUCCGGAUUCUUUGAUUCCCAGCCCGCCAGGCUCCCUCUUUCAAGCUCCUUUUGUUUUAUUUCCCUAUUCCUUCGGAGAAGACACAACGAGCGCCAGGGGAGGCCGAUUUCUCUCCCGACCAUGAUUCAGGAGGAAGCUCAGCCACGGCCCAGGCCAGCUGGCAGCGCCUGCAGCGGAGGGCUUGCAGAGACAGGUCUCAGCGACCCACCCCGGGCCCUGUAAAGAAGGCACCUCCUCCGUCACAAGCUCUCAGGCCUUCCAACUUCUGCUUCGAUUGAGGACUUGGCACAAUGUGCCCAGCAGGACCCGCGUGAGGGCACCAGCGUCUUCUCGCCGACAUGACCCCCAGGGACAGCGCAGGCCCAGUGCGCAGCCUCAAGUUUGUGACUCUGCUGGUGGCCCUGAGUCCAGACCUCCUCCGCCGGGGAGCCGGGCUGCAGCUUCGGGACAACGGCUACGAGGAGCUGCUUGUUGCCCUCCAUCCUCAGGUGUCCGAGGACCCGAGCCUCAUCCCGCACGUUAAGGAAAUGAUAACGGAAGCUUCCUUUUACCUGUUCAACGCUACCAAGAGAAGAGUGUUUUUCAGAAGUGUAAAGAUUUUAAUACCUGCCACAUGGACAGCCAAUAAUUACAGCAAAGUGAAACAAGAAUCAUAUGAAAAGGCGCAGGUCCUGGUGACUGACUGGCAUGCAGCACCCGGAGACAGCCCGCACACCCUGCAGUACAGAGGGUGCGGGCAAGAGGGAAAAUACAUUCAUUUCACGCCUGACUUUCUCCUAAAGGAUGCCUUAACGGCCGGCUACGGAUCACGAGGCAGAGUGUUUGUGCACGAGUGGGCCCAUCUCCGCUGGGGCGUGUUCGAUGAGUACAACCGUGAGAAGCCUUUCUACAUAAAUGGGCAAAAUCAAGUUAAAGUAACAAGGUGUUCAUCUGACAUCACAGGCGUUUUCGUGUGUGAAAAAGGUCCUUGCCCCCAAGAAAACUGUAUUAUUAGCAAGCUUUUCAAAGAAGGAUGCAUGUUUCUAUUCAAUAGCACCCAACACGCAACUGCAUCGAUAAUGUUCAUGCAAAGUUUAUCUUCUGUGGUUGAAUUCUGUAACGCGAGUACCCACAACCAAGAAGCCCCAAACCUACAGAACCAGCUGUGCAGCCUCCGAAGUGCAUGGGAUGUAAUCACAGCCUCGGGCGACUUUCAGCACAGCGAGCCCAUGAAGGGGACGGAGCUCCCGCCGCCUCCCACGUUCACCCUCCUACAGGCCGGCGACAGAGUGGUCUGUUUGGUGCUAGAUGUGUCCAGCAGGAUGGCAGAGGCUGACAGACUCCUUCGACUGCAACAAGCGGCAGAAUUCUACCUGACGCACAUGGUUGAGAGUCACACCUUUGUAGGCAUUGCCAGUUUUAGCGGCAAAGGGGAGAUCAGAGCUCAGCUACGCCAAAUGAACAGUGACGACGACCGGAAGCUGCUGGUUUCGUACCUGCCCACCGCGGUGUCAGCUGAAGCAGAAGCCAGCGUCUGCUCAGGGCUGAAGAAGGGAUUUGAGGUGGUGGAAAAACUGAAAGGAAAAGCCUUCGGCUCGGUGGUGAUUCUCGUGGCCAGCGGAGGCGACGAGCGCAUCUCCGACUGCUUCCUGGCCGCGCUCAGCAGCGGCUCCACCGUUCACACCAUCGCGCUCGGCUCCUCCGCGGUCGACAGCCUGGAGGAACUGGCGCGACGUACCGGAGGUCUAAAGUUCUUUGUUCCAGAUAAAUCCAACUCCACCAGCAUGAUUGAUGCCUUCAGUAGAAUUUCUUCUGGAACCGGAGAUGUUUUUCAGCAGCAUAUUCAGCUUGAAAGCGCAGGUGAAACCGUUAAAGCCCACCAUCAGCUGACAAACUCUGUGACUGUGGAUGACGGCGUGGGCAACGACACCGCCUUCCUAGUCACGUGGCAGACCGGUGGCCCCCCAGAGAUGGUAUUGCGUGAUCCUAACGGGAAAAAGUACCACACAGACGAUUUUGUCACUAGUCUGGCUUUGCAGACCGCUCGCCUCUGGAUUCCAGGCACUGCUCAGCCGGGGCUGUGGACUUACACACUGAACAAUAGCCACCAUUCUCCUCAAGCCUUGAAAGUGACAGUGACCUCUCGCGCCUCCCUCCCAGCCGUGCCCCCUGCCACUGUGGAAGCCUUUGUGGAGAGAGACAGCACCCGCUUUCCCCAUCCCAUGAUGAUUUAUGCAAUUGUCAGAAGGGGGUUUUAUCCCAUUCUCAACGCCACUGUAACAGCUACAGUUGAGCCAGAGGCUGCAGAUCCUGUUACGCUGCGACUUUUGGAUAAUGGAGCAGGUGCCGAUGUUAUCAAAAACGAUGGAAUUUACUCGAGGUAUUUUUUUUCCUUUGCUGGAAAUGGUAGAUACAGCUUGAAGGUACAUGUCAGUCACCCGCCCAGCGUCAGGGCCGCAACCCGCUCUGGUCCAGGAAGUCACGCUAUGUAUGUGCCAGGUUACAUAACAAACGGCAAUAUUCAGAUGAACGCCCCAAGAAAACCCGUGGGCAGGAGUGAGGAGGAGCAAAAGUGGGGCCUUAGCCGAGCAACCUCGGGGGGCUCCUUUUCUGUGCUGGGCGUUCCAGCUGGCCCCCACCCUGACAUGUUUCCCCCGUGCAAAAUUAUUGACCUGGAAGCUGUAAAAGUAGAAGAGGAGGUGGCUUUAUCUUGGACUGCACCUGGAGAAGACUUUGAUCAGGGCCAGGGAGGAGACUGUCUCCGCUCCCCCAGGGCCGAAGAGGCCCUGGCAAACUGAAGGACGCUGAGCCACAGAAGUCUUUGUUGGGACACACCACCACACCUAACGGUGGUCUAGUCAGAAGAAGUGGAUUCUGCAUUGCAGAGCAUGGAUUUCCAAAUACUGGGGGCAAUUAGUUUUCUGAAGAUUGGACGGUGAGUAUUUAUUCAAGGAUGUACAAGUCAUGCUUAGGGGAAUAAUUCCAUAACUCAUGCAAAACUCGGAGCACCGUCCUUUCCUGCUCCGGCCACGAUUUCUGUUAGGAGGCCGGGAUCCGUGCCCUGACGGAGGCUGUCUGACCCUUGCUUGGACGUGGACGGGGUCCUUCUUCCUCUCCCCCCUUCCUAACGCCUGUGUGGCCUUCAGGCUGCCACCUGCCUCACCUCUUGAUCCCAGGAGCAACUCAACAGACUGAGUUUUCUGAACGAAUAACUUCUCCAACAUCGUUACCGUUAUCAGAGCAUGACUGCUGCUGAUGACACAUUUAAAUGGUUUAUUUGCUGAGUCCGGUUGAGAUUCCCCAGGAACCAACCUUCUCCAUUACGAGCCGAUUUUGUCACUAUCGGUCAAAGUGGUCAGGGACCACUUUGGGCCUUUGCCAGUCUUGCUUUCAACUUGGAUCAUUUUUCCUUGGCUUAUACUUCUCUGUUUAUGACUUCCUCCAGCAGCAUCUUAAUUACAAAUGAUUCUGCACUGCUGAGACAUAGUCAAUAUUGUUUAUGACUGCCUCCAGAAGCAUCUUAAUUACAAAUGAUUCUGCACUGCUGAGACAUAGUCAAUAUU